AUGCGCGCCUGGGUCUUCCGCUCUCGUGGCCGUCCUGCCCAAGUCCUGAGCCUCGCCACGCAGCUCCCCCGACCAACCGCGGCGUCUCUGGGUCCUCACGAUGUGCUCGUCAAGGUCAAAUACUCGGCACUGUUCCAAGGCACGGCGAUGAUGAUGGGUCAAAUCCCGCACUUCAACAACAAGCCCUGGGUGGCCGAGGGCACCUUCUCCGGCAUCGUCGAGGCGGUCGGGAGCCAAGUUGACCAUCUGCAUCUACAGGCCGACGACGAGGUGUUUGGCGGCCUGGCGCCACCCGUCAUGCUCAAGUACGGCGGCACACUGGCCGAGUAUAUCGUGGUCCCCGACGAAUCUGUAGUGCGGAAGCCGCCAAACUUGUCGUUCGAAGGCGCCGGCGGCAUCGCUUCCAAUGCAGUCACGGCGUACCAGUUUGUCCAAGUCGCGGCACUGCAACAGGGGAGCCGUGUCUUGAUCACGGGCGCCUCGUCCGGUACAGGGUCGAUUGUGGUGCAGGCGGCCCGGGCGGCAGUGGGUAACGACGGGCUGGUGGUUGGGACUUGCUCGGCGGCGAAUGAGGAGUUGGUCAAGUCUUUGGGUGUGCAUGAAGUCAUCGACUACACCAAGCACGCCGUGCUCCAUUCCCAUCUGGCCGAGAAAUACAGUGCGAAACCCUUCGACGCCAUCAUCGACAUUGUAGGCGGAGACUGGGCUCUCUACACCCAGUCCCCAGCCUAUCUCAAACCCGACGGCAUCUUUGUUUUCGGAGGCAACAUGUCCAUCGUCCACGGCGGAGCGAGUUUCCUGUCUGUUCUAGCCUGGGCGCUGAGCAUUAGAAUUGCCAGCAGGCGGCCGGUGAUCCUGGGUGGCGUACCACGCAAAUGCCUCCUCCAUCAAGGCCAGAUCAACCUAGAAAGCCUGGGCAAGGCGGCCGGCCUGAUCGCCGAGGGUAAGCUGAAGCCGGUGAUUGACAGUGUGUACGAGAUGGAAGAUGUGUUACAGGGCUAUGAGAAACUCGUCAGUCGCCGAGCAAGAGGAAAGGUGAUUGUGCAUGUGCAGGAUUAG